CAACGAUAUCAACAGAGUCGUCAGGGCCAACAGUUCAUUUCCUCGGUUUUUCGAGCAGUUGCAGACAUUUUUCAAAAACAUCUGGCAUCUCUGCCCUGAGAUUACCUAAAACGGGCCAAAACCGAAGCGGACUGCGGAACAGAAAAGCUGGGAAAAUAAUUUGAAAUAAUAUGUUGCGUUUGUAGCUUACUUUUUAUCUGCCUGAGUUAAAGUAGUUUUGCUUAUUAAAAUGGAUUAUGCCAAGUUCUUCACAAUAUUUGGAUUACCACAAAGAAUGAUUCUUCACGUUUAUCGGGUAUCUGGAAUAGCACAUUCCCAACACAUGUUCUUCUGGGAAGAUUUUCGCGCGGCUCACCCCGAUAUAGAAAUGUCUGCUGAAAAUUUGCGGACCAUGUUUUUAAAUGAUGUGAUUGAUGAUGAAGAGCACUAUAAAUACCUAAAAGAUGAAGUAAUCCGAUACUUCAAUCCGACGUUUUACCAGCAGAAACUCGGUUCCUUAGAUGAUCCAACUGAAAGUGAUGAUUUUCUAUUGGAUGUUCCGAAACAUGCCGAUACCGGAAAUCAGAAUUUCGAAGAAAUGGAUGAAUACGUGAAUGGAAAAUUUGACAUGGUUUUAAGUGGAUUACUUUCAACAAAGGAGAAUCCAGACAGAUAAACCCAGACAUUUUAGUCCAGAUUCUUCAAAAACUUGUUUGUUGAACGUUGGCAUUCCAUUAUCUAAUGUUGAAUUGAAAGAGACGUGUCAUUCAUUGUUAUUUUUUAAAGAUAAAUCUACAAUAACCAGUCAGCAAAAAUCAAACACGGCAAUGAAGAUUGUAUCCGCAUCGCUGGCGUUUCCUGACCUUUUAUUUUUAUUUGAAAGGUAUAUGACCCAUUGGUACCUUAAUAUAAUAAAAACAAAUCCUUUGACAGGAAUUAAAUUGACAUGUAAUGUAAUGAAAAGUGUUUUUAAUCUGUUAAUGAGUUCGUUUGGUGACUAGUUCAAUAAAUCAUUUUGUGUAAUUUCUUUACGAAUAA